AUGUGCCCUCACUUUCUCACAAAAAAAAAAAAGAAGAAAACUUGCAAGUUCUUGCCGUACGAAAGACGGAAGAUGAAACGAAGAGAAAAGUUAGAAACAAGACCAGGGCCUCACAUGGAAAGUGCGAUAAUAUUAGUUUUGUACACUCCUUGUUUGGAUUUCUUUUUUUUGUCUUUCUUUCUUUCUUUCUUUCUUUCUUUCUUUCUUUCUUUCUUUCUUUCUUUCUUAUGGGCAUCUUUCUAUUUUAUUUUCUUUCUUUUUCUUUCUAAUAUCUCGAUUUAUUAUUCUUUAUUUGCUUCCUUUUUCUUCUAUUUCGUAUUAUUUCGUUUCGUUUCGUUUCUUUUCGUUUCUUUCUUUCUUUCUUUCUUUCUUUCUUUCUUUCUUUCUUUCUUUCUUUCCACGAGCCACUUAUCACCCCUUUCCUCAUUUUCCCUUGUCAAAUAUUUUCUGUAUAAAUUCUUUAUUGCUCUCUUUUUUUAUUUUAAUAACGUUAUCUAUCUAUCUAUCUAUCUAUCUAUCUAUCUAUCUAUCAUCUUUUCAUUGCCUAUCUAUCUAUCUAUCUAUCUAUCAUCUUUUCAUUGCCUAUCUAUCUAUCUAUCUAUCUAUCUAUCUAUCUAUCUAUCAUCUUUUCAUUGCCUAUCUAUCUAUCUAUCUAUCUAUCUAUCUAUCUAUCUAUCAUCUUUUCAUUGCCUAUCUAUCUAUCUAUCUAUCAUCUUUUCAUUGCCUAUCUAUCUAUCUAUCUAUCUAUCUAUCAUCUUUUCAUUGCCUAUCUAUCUAUCAUCUUUUCAUUGCCUAUCUAUCUAUCUAUCUAUCUAUCUAUCUAUCUAUCUAUCUAUCAUCUUUUCAUUGCCUAUCUAUCUAUCUAUCUAUCUAUCUAUCUAUCUAUCUAUCUAUCUAUCAAUCAUUUCUUCAUUAACCUCUUCAUUAUCUAUCAUCUCUUCAUUAUCUAUGACCUCUUCAUUAUCUAUCUAUCUAUCUAUCUAUCUAUCUAUCAUUUCUUCAUUAACCUCUUCAUUAUCUAUCAUCUCUUCAUUAUCUAUGACCUCUUCAUUAUCUAUCUAUCUAUCUAUCUAUCUAUCUAUCUAUCUAUCUAUCUAUCUAUCUAUCUAUCACUUCUUAUUUUUUAAGAAACACAAGUACGGCAACAUUCCAUCUAAUCUAAGGACAGUCUUAACCAAAACAAAGAAGUAG